AUUGGACUCUUAUUAAAUUAUAGCCUUUUCAUGGCAGCUGUUGUUACUGAGUGCUCCCACUCGGGCCAAAUUUGUAGGAUACCGAUGUAAUUAUUUGUGUCUAAUGAUUGCUUAGGUUUGAAGAGCUUAGAAAUACAUUUGUUUGCUAGGUGUGAUUUAUCUUUCAGGCUUGAUGUGAGAUAUGCAGGUGGUUUUGGAGUGUGAUUACCUCGCCUGGUAAUUUUGGUUUGUUAUGUUGUGGCUUUACACUCUUGUUAGCCGUCCUACACUUUUAUGAGUUUUGAGCAUCUCUUGUACUAGAUGUACAUAUAUGGUCAAUUUUUUUCUGCUAAAUAAAAAGACAGGGCUUUCUUUAAGGUUAUGUAUUUUGUGGGCCAGUUCAGCCUAAAAAUAGACUGUGCUGUCCAUGCCAUUUUUUGCAUCAGUUAUUUUGUUUUUCUUACAAAAGUCUUAAGGUAUAAACUGAGUUGAUAUUUUAGGACUUGUAUUUGAGGAGUUGAUUGUAACCUAAAACACUAACCUAUUGGUUCAGCUCACAGUUUGAUCCAAAUUUAGAGCUCUGCUAAUACAGAAGAGUUUUGAUGUAUUUAUGUAAAACAAUCCUAUGAAGCGAGCAUCCUUAUUUGGUCAAGUGUGAGGUCAAGAGUAAUCACACAAGUACACAAGUGAGAGACACCAUUUAUUUACCUAAAAUUUUAAAGUAUUUAAUACGAGUUCACUAACUUGUAAAAUGUUCAACCUUCACUUUUUCGAAUAAGACUUCUAACUAACACUUGUAUCUUAACAUUUUUUUUCUCUUAAGUGAGUCCAUCAACUUAUAUGCUAUCCUUCAUGUUGAAAUUCUAUCAUUUAGAUACACUUGUACCACCAUUGGCCAAAAACCACGGGUCGUAUAAACCAAAGUGUUAGCUACAAAUUUGAAAAUGAAAAGAGUCCUCAAAAUAAUCCAAACUGUGAAAGUAUAGCUCUGUCUCACAAACCUUGUGUCUUAAAAUUAAUAGUUAAUGAAUGAAAUCGCUAUUUUUUUCUCUUUAGUGGCUAAUUUUUGUCCAAAAGUACAGUUACUUUGGAAGAAAAUUUUCUUCACUUUUGGCAUAGACUAUUUUUAUAAAUGAAUUGUCCCAUUUUAAUCAAAUGUAUGCAAGCACUUAUCCAGGUUAAAUUAUCCUCAAGUUUUGGUGCCUCAUGAAAGAACAAGAGAGUGGGCCCGCGUUAGCUGUUUAACCCAUGCCGGUAGAUGUAACAGGCGCACUCCUAUUGGUCCAACGAAGGUAAACUUACGGAUUUCGUAACCACACUCACAUGUAAGGUACAGAUCGCACUUUUAGUUGGAUAACGUCCUAAAUGGACCCCACAUCAACCUGCCACGCUGGAAAGUUCCAUGUCUCAACUGUACACGUCAUUUCCCCCAUUAGGUAAAAACUAGAACAACGCAUGACUCAUGCUUCAGAAUCUAACUCUACAACACUGCAAUAACAGGAAAAUGAACCAAAAACUUGGUUACUUUCCAUGAGAUCAAUUCCCAUCUCUCUCUCCCUCUCUGAAACAAUCACAAGAAAACUUCAUAUAUUAGAUGAGAUUUCAAUGGAGAAAGUUUGUGAAUUCUGCACAGCAUUGAGGCCACUUGUUUACUGUACUGCUGAUGCAGCAUAUCUUUGUCUAUCCUGUGAUGCAAAAGUCCAUUGGGCGAACGAAUUGUCCGGCCGCCACCCCCGGACCCUCGUGUGUAACUCGUGCAAAUGUCAUCUUGCUUAUGUUCAGUGCUUGGAUCAUAAAAUGUUAGUCUGUCGAGACUGUGAUCGAAAUCUGCAUGAUAGUUCUUCAUCGCAUUGCAGACGAGCUGUCAAAACAUUCAUCGGCUGCCCUUCUGCCAAAGAGUUUGCAACACUCUGGGGAUUUGAAUUUAAGGAGAUCGAAAAAUGUGUCAAUCAGAAUGAUCAGUUUACAUCCGAUAACGGGUCUAGCAGUCGACUAGGCCAGAUAAUGUUCGAUGAUCAAGAGCGGAAAACGAUUCUGCAGCAGAUCGCUGGCUUAAAACGGUUUCAGCUAAAUGAGGAGAAUGAUCAUUCUACAAAGAUAAAUGGUCUACACGUGGAUGAAAAGUUCAAUCAGCAAGCACAAAAAUCGCAGGAUUUUGCUAUUAAUCUUCUCGAGGAAGACAAUCCUAUCGGAGAGGUGAAUCCCGAAACCUUCUCGUCUGCGUUUUCUAAUCUUGAUAAUUUGUCUUCAUCUUCAUCUAUGGACCUUCCCUUGAAUGGAGAAUUGUUUUGGACUUACAAAAGUUCACUUCAAAAUAAUCAGUUAUGGUCCCAAAACAUUCAAGACCUGGGAAUAUGCGAAGAAUUUGCUUGUCAAGAUGAUUUUAACAUGCCCGACGUUGACUUAACAUUCCAAAACUAUGAAGAACUAUUCGAAGGAGAUCAAGAUCCAAUUAGAGUCAUGUUUGGUGGCAAAGAUCUCUCAUGUUCUUCUUUAGAGAAAGAUUUAUCCGUUGAUGAGUAAGAUAUCGACAAUCCAAGUGCAACGGAGAUCUGCAUUUCCAACUUCACUCAACAAAUUUCCACCAUAAUAGAAAAUCAGCAUAAGAUUUUUUACAGCAGCUUACAACAAUGCGAAACUCUUCAACGUUAUACAUGACUUGUAUUGACAUAAAUUAAUACUCGACGCCCGUUAUUAUUAGUCAUGGAAAAUAUUCAUUUGACAAAAAUUCUGUAAUUUGAUUUAGAAAGAUACCAUAUAUACUGAAAAGUUGUUGCAUUCAAGAUUCAAAAAUCAUGGUAAAAUGUUACUCUAAACCAAUGCCGAGUUUGCUUGAAC